UGUCAUGUGAUAUGUUUGAGAGUUUGUGUUGGCUCUUGAUGACGAGAUGAAAUGAGUACAAAGAAGAGGCGGAGAUGAGAAGAGAAAAGGAUAGACCGAGGUGGGUCAGAAAACUGAAAACACCAGUCAUCUUCAGCCCAAACCAUGAGAGGCUGUUGAUUGUUGAAGAAGCAAUGAAGGAGAAGAGUGAAAGUCGCGGCGGGUAUGUGAGGGCGGAUCAGAUAGAUCUGAAGAGCUUGGAUGAGCAACUUCAGAGAGCAUGGACUAUGAAGAAGAAUAAGAAUAAGAAAGAACAUGAAGAAAGUGAAGGUCUUCAUCCUCACCAUCCUUUGCAACUACAACUUCAUCAUCCUCAUCGACAGCAGCAAUUACAAAGACCCGUCACCGACAACAACCACAGUGGUACUUUAGCUAGACAAGAAUGGGAUAUUGAUCCCUCUAAACUUAUCAUUAAAAGUGCUAUAGCUCGUGGAACUUUUGGCACUGUUCAUCGUGGCGUUUAUGAUGGCCAAGAUGUUGCUGUUAAACUUCUUGACUGGGGAGAAGAGGGCCACAGAACUGAGGCUGAAAUAGCUUCACUUAGAGCAGCUUUUACCCAAGAAGUUGCUGUUUGGCACAAGCUUGAUCAUCCUAACGUAACCAAGUUUAUAGGGGCAACAAUGGGCACAUCAGAGCUAAAUAUACAAACAGAAAAUGGUCAUAUUGGCACGCCGAGCAAUGUGUGUUGUGUCAUUGUCGAAUACUGCUCAGGGGGUGCACUGAAAUCAUACCUCAUAAAGAACUGCAGAAGGAAGCUAGCUUUCAAAAUUGUUAUUCAGCUGGCCCUGGAUCUUGCACGGGGGUUGAGCUAUCUUCACUCUAAGAAAAUAGUCCACAGAGAUGUUAAAACAGAGAACAUGCUUCUAGAUAAGACACGAACUGUGAAGAUAGCUGACUUUGGGGUUGCUCGCCUUGAAGCUUCAAACCCUCACGACAUGACUGGAGAGACUGGAACGCUUGGAUACAUGGCACCAGAGGUUCUGAAUGGCAACCCAUACAAUAGAAAGUGUGAUGUGUACAGUUUUGGCAUCUGUUUAUGGGAGAUAUACUGUUGUGACAUGCCAUAUCCUGACCUUAGCUUCUCAGAAGUGACAUCAGCUGUUGUGCAUCAGAAUUUGAGGCCAGAGAUACCUCGCUGCUGCCCAAGCUCCUUUGCAAAUGUAAUGAAGCGAUGCUGGGAUGCUAACCCUGACAGACGGCCAGAGAUGGAAGAGGUUGUGUCCAUGUUGGAGGCCAUUGACACAUCUAAGGGUGGAGGAAUGAUUCCUUCAGAUCAGCCUCAGGGUUGUUUCUGUUUCCGCAGAUACAGAGGACCUUGAACUAGUUGCCCUUUAAAUUAAAUCAAAGAUGAUAUUUUUGAGAAUUGGACCGCAAAUCCAGGCCGUACUUAAUUCAAUCAGAACAAUGGCAUCUUCCAGCUGAUAGUAUACAAAACUUCGGAGACUACAGGCUAGGAGGAAAUCCCUGAUAUUUGUUUCUUCUGGAUAAUGCUUCUGUAAAGCUUUCUCUUGCCCCUUGUUUACGAAAACAAAUUACAACAUGGAUUGGCCAGAUACUCUGUAAGUGAGAUUUGAUAACAAUUUAAUAUAUCAUGUGCUCAUAACAUUAAAAUCA